ACCUUCACACAAAAUUUAUUCAUUUUUUCUCUAAAAAAAACUUUGAUUUGAUUAGUUUGAUCAAAUUAUGGGAAAUAGUUUAAGGUGUUGUUUGGCUUGUGUUCUUCCUUGUGGUGCACUUGAUUUAAUUCGUAUUGUACAUUUAAAUGGUCAUGUUGAAGAAAUUACAAGUCCAAUCACAGCGUAUGAAGUUCUAAAAAAUUACCCUAAUCAUGUUUUGAGUAAACCAUGCUCUCAAGGUACAAUGGCUCGCCGGAUUCUGAUCUUAUCGCCGGAAUCCGAGCUCAAAAGGGGAAGUAUAUACUUCUUGAUUCCGGCAUCUUCUGUCCCAGAGAAGAAAAAAUCCGGGAUCACAUCCUCCUCAAUCAAGAAAUCACCAAAAAAUACUAUUACUACUACUACAAAAACAACCAAUAAUAAGAAAUGCCACGUCAGCAUUCCCGAUGAUGGCGAUUUUUCGAGUGAUAGUACAAUGCCAAAAUUAAAGAAGUCAUUGUCUCACCGGAGGAGUAAGAGCGGGAAGGUUGUUGUGUGGAGGCCUCAUCUCACUAGCAUUUCUGAAGACUAA